AUGUUCACUGAAACUUCACCAAUCAUGAACAACGUUGAGCUCAAUUAUGCUCCAAAUACUCUGUCAAAUCUCAUUCUGACAUGUGCUUUUCCUGCUAAUUCCACUCAAUCGCUUUCAUCGCAAUCAUCUACUGGAUCUUCUGACCAACAUAGUGUCAUUCUCCAAGAAAAUGAAUCUGCACACAAAUUGUCUUCCGCUAUCGCCAAUUGUGAUCCAUGCACAAUUUCUGAUGAGCUUCGUGAAGAAAUGAUGCGACUGAAGAAGAAGGAAAAAGCAUUCAAAACAUCUUUGUGUCUUUCCCACAAACGUGGUAAAACAUGCAUUUACGGUGAAGCAUGCAAAUUUGCUCAUGGUGUGCAUGAGCUCAGGUGUCAACAGACCACAAGAAACCAUCGUAAUUAUAAAACAGUCCUUUGCGAUAAAUUCACGACAACUGGAUAUUGCAAGUACGGAGCCAGGUGUCAAUUCAUUCACAGAUCCAUGGACACAACGCCUGCAGCCAAACCGAUGGAAACUGCGGACUUCAAGCCUAACGUUCAAUCGGACCUUUCUCGUGCAUUUGCUCUGGACUCUUCAAGUUUCUUGCCAAAUUGGCAUUGCUCAGCUCUUCUUCAAUAA